AGCGGUUGCCGGCAGGUCGAUUUGAAAGCGAGGUUCUGUGUUUACUAGCCUUGAACUUGGAUGUAAACAAAAAUCAGAGCCGGGAUUGGAGAAGAUUUGUGUCUGUUAGUCACCGAGAUGGACGUUGGAGUGUCCAAAUCCCAUGUGUUUCUCAACUACAGCCCCAGAGCCCUCCUCUCCCAGUGGAGCAUCCCACUGGGUGCACGGCGGGUUAUGGACGCAGUGAAGGAGAGUCACAAGAGCCCCCUGAGCUCGGGCAAGAUGGUGGCCCUGGCUGCAGGGCUCUCUGUCGGGGCCACAGUGGGCUACAUCGUCUAUCGCCAUAUAAGCAGUACCAACAUCAGUCGAGGGCCCGAACCUGAGGUGUCCAAGAUGACCGUUCCUGUAGAAGUGUACAGAAACAUAUCAAGACAGCAACCCAACUUUUUGGACGGGCUGAACCAGAGGUCUGGAGCUCAGGUACGGGUGUUGUCGGACCCCAGGGAACCGGGCUGCAGCUCUGUGUGCUUCCUGCUGCAGGGCUCCCAGGAACAGGUGCUGGAUGCUCGUUGUUUGCUGGAAAACCUGCUCACUGACUGUGAGCCACUGAGCGAGGCUCUGGACGUUCCUAAUACGGCCUUUGGACGUAUAAUAGGCCGUGGUGGAGAGAGUUUGAAACUGAUCACCAGAACCUCAGGGGCAAAAGUGUUUUGUUCUAAAGAGAAAGAGCUCGGCCCUGGGGCCAAAGGCAAGAUAACGAUCACAGGGAGCAGACAGGAGGUGGAGCAGGCCAAAGAACUCAUUCUAGAAAAAGUCAGAGAGGACAUGAUGGUGAGGACAAAGAUCUCCCAGUCCUCUGCCCUGCGGCCGAAGCGUGGUCCCACUGCUGUGAGUCAGAGGCCAGACAGCAGGGAGCCUGAAGCUCCAGUGGGACUAAACAACAACGGCCCCUGCUUCCAGACUGAGAGGAAUGGGCUGAUCCAUGCUAACGGCACCAAAAGAAAGCCAGCAAACAUUUUUGACAAGAUUCAGUUGCUGAAAAUCACAGACAACAAGGAGGAGGAGGAGGAGGAGGAGGAGGAGGAGGAGGAGGAGGACAGUGUCUCCACAGAAUCCCUCUCUGAAGUCUCCAAGUUUGAGAUCCCCAGCCCAGACCUGAGCUUCCAGCCAGAUGAACAUCUCGAGGUUUAUGUUUCUGCAUCCGAGAACCCCAACCACUUCUGGAUCCAGAUCCUGGGGGUGCGUUCCCUUCAGCUGGACAAACUCACUGAGGAGAUGACACGCUUCUAUAACAGCGGCAACCCCACAGAACAGAGGGUGGAGACCUUUGUGGUCGGGGACAUUGUGGCUGCUCCCUACCAUGACCACGGUACAUGGAACAGGGCCAGGGUGCUGGGGGUGCUGGGCUCUGAACUGGUGGACCUCUACUAUGUGGACUUUGGGGACAACGGGGAGCUGCCCAGAGACAGCCUCUGCAGAAUGAGGAGCGACUUCCUCAGUUUACCUUUCCAAGCUAUUGAAUGCAACUUAGCAGGAGUGAGACCCAAAGGAGAGGAGUGGACGGAGGCAGCGCUGGAUGACUUUGAGCAACUGACGUACUGCGCCUCCUGGAGACCCCUGCAGGCCAAACUCUGCAGCUACUCGCACUCUGACAUCUCCUCCUGGCCCAGCGUCAAGCUCUACGACAACACUGAUAGCCAGACGUUAGAUAUUGGUGAGGAGCUCAUUCGGCGGGGACAUGCUGUCAGCUUCCAGGAAGCAGUGAACGGGAAGAUGGAGGGGAGCAAUCUGGGCUGUCUGCAGAGGAUGAUGGAUGACGUGAUAGGAGCUUCCUCUGAGCUCAGUCUCUCCUGUAUCAGUUUAUCAGAAGCUGCUUCAAUCUCAGGAAGUGUCGAUGAUGUCAGAGAAGAGGAGCUGAUCUGAGACCAAAGACACACUUAAUUAAAUAUCAUGCACUGACCGUCCACUGCUCAGCUUCAUUUCAAAUGAGGAGACGUUUCCUUGUCCCCAACUCAACUAUGUUAAUCCUCAUUAUCAAGCCUUACCAACAGAUCUUUUGGCCAUGUUCACUUUAUUGUUGUUACUUCAGUGCAAUGUUGAUGCUGUUCUGUUGUAGCUAAUGCUGCUUUGCUUAUAUAUGUUUUUGAACAGAAACUGAAGGCCAGUAUUAUUUUUGAAAAGCCCAGUGAUAUGUCCAUGUACAUGAAGGCAGCUGGUUAGUUUAUAAUGUGCAGGUUUUUUUUCUCUACUGGGAUGUAUAUGAAGAGGUAAUGGCCUAGAUAUUAGGCCUUACAAGUUAUUAUAUUUUGGAAAUGAUAACACAUUGAAGGAUUGAAUGUGAGCUGCAGAUUGUGUUCAUUAUCACGCCGAGGCAUUUAUUGUAUCCUUAAUGAAUUGCGGUGUUAGUUUUUGUUCAAAGGUGUGAUAGACUGACAUAUAUAGAAUAAAGGAUUUAUUUUAUUGCA